AUGUUGGAUGAGGUGAAAGCCGCAGGGAAGGAUGUGGCAAAACCAACGAAGGGAGAUCAAACGGCGAAGAUUCCUGGCCCAUCGCAAGCUGAUGGAAAUGUGCUUAUUUUUUAUUUGCAUUAUUCAAGACUCUUUAGGUCAUCUCCCCGCUGGAGCGCAACCACUCACAGACGCCAUGAAGAUCUUCGUUUGCGCACUGAUGUUUUAAACCAGCAUUUAUGGAGACAGCUGACAGUAAACUCGUUGCUUUGC